AUGGGCCAAUUGAAGAACUAUGAACAAGUUCAUUAUAGUUCUGCAGAGACUAGAAAUGAGGGGCUUGGUUCCGUGAACCAAUGGACUUUUCAGGAUCCUUACAAUUCGAUUAAAACUUAUAUAAGACCACCCGAUCUCAAUUUACCAGCUGGAGCUAGACCUGAUCUCAAUUUUCCAGUUGGGGCUAGACCUGUUCUCAACUAUUCUAUUCAAACUGGUGAGGAGUUUGCUCUCGAAUUUAUGCGGGAAAGGGUGAAUCCAAGGCAGCACAUUGUUCCAAAUUCCUCUAAUGAGCCUAAUAGUGCACCAGUAUAUAUGGAUGUAAAGGGAACACUUGGAAUAUUUCAUACACGUUCUGACAGUGGACUUGAUACUUCCACUAUCCCCGCUGUAGAAAAGAGGAGAAUCCAAGAUCCCGAGAGCAAUGCCUCUUCUCUAAACGGAGAAAAAGUUUAUGGUCAGCCUUUUCAGUCUGUAAAUCGAACCUCAACAGAAUGUAAGAGUAGUCACAGUUUUCAAAGUCAUACUUCUUCAAGUGCUUCUGGUAGCUCAUCUACAAUGUUGAAGAUUCUCUGCAGUUUUGGUGGUAAAAUUUUGCCUCGUCCAAAAGAUGGAAAGCUUCGGUAUGUUGGAGGUGAAUCACGUAUUGUCCGGAUAAGCAAGGAUAUUUCUUGGGAGGAGCUUGUGCAGAAAACGUGGAUAAUAUAUAAUCAACCUCAUACUAUCAAAUAUCAGCUUCCUGAUGAGGAUCUUGAUGCAUUGGUGUCAGUCUCCUGUGAAGAGGACCUGCACAAUAUGAUGGAGGAAUGUUAUGUACUCAAAGACGGUGGAUUCCAGAAACUCAGGAUAUUUCUUAUUUCAAAUGAUGACUUAAAUGAUUCUCAGCUUAGUCUCGAGAAUGCAGAAAGUGAUUCCGAGCUUCAAUAUGUUGUUGCCGUAAAUGGCAUGGACUUUGGAUCCAGAAGAAACUCCAUCGCUAUGGAGAACACUUCAGGAAACAACUUGGAGGAGUUGCUGAGUUUAUGUGUUGAGCGGGAGACUGGUCAAAUUGCAGUUGGCUUAGCAGUGGCCGGCUCUGCACAUCCAGAAGUUGGUAUUCCCUCUUUAAACCAAUCUUCUCAGAUGAUGCUACCAACUUCAUCGCCUGCUUUUGAGUCCAAUCCACAUGGUUAUCCAGUGCAAAGAAUGAAUCAUGGACAGCCUGAAUUGCAUCAGUUGCACACUUUCCACCAGAUAGACUGCUUCCCAGAUGCAGAUUACAAAAAUGAUAUCCCAUCAGCUGUUCCAGUGCAAUAUAAUUAUGGUCCUCAUCCAUCAAAUCAUGUUCCAGUUGCUGAAAACUUGAUUCCACAUUCUAUUUAUGGCCACAUGACUUCAAAAGGGGCUAUGGCUGAGGGGCAGCCACAUGGUAGCUUGAAAGCAAAGGUUGCAGAAGUAUCAAUAUCGAAGACGAAGGUUAAAAAUGAAACUACAAUCCCGAAGAAGGUUGAGUUUUUUAAGGACCAUUCUCUAGAAAAGGAAUUGCUUCUGAAGGAUGCAAAGAUGACAGGAGAGAACUCAGUCCACAAAAUCAGUGAGUCUAAUAAGAUGCAGACAGUAAAAAAUGAGAAGAUUGUCUCUUCACAUCAAUAUGAAAGUUCAUCUUUAGAUGCCAUAACGCGAGAUGAUGCAUCCAUCUUUAGUGCUGCAGAAGACACAGGGACUCAUGUUGUUCAAACAACAGGUAGUGAGAAGCGCCAGGAUUAUAUGAGGAGUUCAGUUCCUCUGGAUACUGUCAAAGAAGGAAAUAUGCAAAAGAUUGAUGUGGAAGACCAGUUUUACACAUCUGGUAAAGCAUUUAUGCCUGUCCAUGGUGACUCCGGGGCAUGUUCAAAUGAUUUCAACUACGAAGCAGAGGUGCUUCCUCAGAGCCUUUUUCGUUCAGAAAGAUUUCCCAGAGAACAGGCAGGGCUUGAUCGUUUGUCCAAGUCUGAUGAUCGUUCUGGUUCCCAGUUCCUAAUGACUCAUGCCCGAUCAGAUGUUUCACAACAGAUGACAGACUCAAUUGACAAGUUGACUGAUUGGAAUGAAGAUUCUCAGAAUGAAGAAUUUCUUGCUUCUGCAAAAUCCGUGCCUACAAACCCACCUGCUAUUGAAGAGAAACCGGGUGAAUUUCAGAAGUCAGUCACAGUUACUGAUCACAUUGGUGCAAAGAAUUCCAGUGUUCUUGAGGAAAAUGUUGAGUCAAAUCUUUAUAAGCCUGACCUAAAUGCUGUAGUACUUCCUGACAGGGAUUCUUCUGUGUCCAAUUUCCCUAUGACUAGUCGUAGUUCUGAAAAUCCCCAAGAUGAAUCUGCUUCUAACCUUACUAAGCUUCACUGGGGAAAGAUAAGUGGAAAAACCUCCGAGGAGCAAAUACAGCCUCUGACUGGAGAAGAAAAUCCAGCUGUAACUUCUAGCCAAGGAAAACCCUCUGUUGGCAUCAGCACUUCAGAACAGGCAGACAUCCUUAUUGAUAUUAAUGAUCGUUUUCCUCGAGAUUUCUUGCCUGAUAUAUUUUCUGAGGCUAGAGUCGUAGAUAGCUCUGCCGGUAAUGCUCCACUGCAGAGAGAUGGAACUGGUUUGAGUAUGGAACAUGAACCUAAGCACUGGUCAUUCUUUCAGAAGUUAGCAAAAGAUGAUUUUGCAAGAAAAGAAGUGUCCCUCAUGGAUCAGGAUCAUCUUAGUUUGUCAUCUACUCAUGCCAAUAUUGGAGAAGCGGAGUCCAUUGAAAAUAGUUGUCUACUUUCUAGAGCUAGUGGAAGUGCAAUGGAUAACAAUGAUUCCUGUAGCAAUUUUGAGGAUGAUACUCAGCAGCAACCAAAUAGCAUCAUCAGACCAGACAACAUGAAGUUGCCUUCUGAUUUUGAUCCCUCCCAGACCUCUGGUGUUCCAAGUCUGCAAUUUGAUGGUCAAAUGGACUCGAGGAUACCUGAAUCUGAAUAUCAGGAUGAGAAAGAAGAAGCGCCGCAUACCAGGUUUCCUCUUGUUGACGUCUCCCUAGGAGAUUUUGACCUCCAUAUGCUCCAGAUUAUAAAGAAUAAGGAUCUUGAAGAGUUGAGAGAAUUAGGUUCUGGAACCUAUGGGACUGUUUAUCACGGGAAAUGGAGGGGUUCAGAUGUUGCUAUCAAAAGAAUAAAGAAGAGCUGUUUCACAGGUCGCUCGUCGGAGCAGGAGCGACUGGCUGUGGAGUUUUGGCGCGAAGCUGAAAUUCUUUCAAAGCUUCACCAUCCCAAUGUAGUAGCAUUUUAUGGUGUAGUGCAAGAUGGCCCUGGAGGAACACUUGCAACUGUCGCAGAAUAUAUGGUGAAUGGUUCCCUUAGACAUGUUUUAAUUUGCAAGGACAGAUUUUUAAGGUUAUGGUGUUUUGGAGUUAUUCCACAAAGGAAUAGACGUUGCCCUUGGGAACCUUAUUGGUUACUUGGUAUUCCACUUCCCCCGGAACCCUCUCUUCCCAUUACUUCCUCAAGAAGCCAGGUGAUGCCGAAGCAACAAAAUUCUAAAACCCAGGUGAUGCCGAAGCAACAUAGUUCUAAAAAGAACAUUAAUUUGGAUGAUGUGAAUUCAUUUGGUGAGAAAGAAAUUGUGGGUAAAAGUAGUUUGAUGGUUACUUUAGAUAAUCCUGGAAAUAAUAAUUCAGUGGCAAUUAUAGAGGUAGCUGUUUGCAACAAUAAUAAAGAUCGCGUGGAUAAAAAUGUAAUGAACCAAAUUAUUUCUGUAGAUGCGGUUGUGGAAUAUGAAUCUAAUUAUUACUUGUCUAAGGAAAUAGAGGAGGUGGUGACGACAGAGGUAGAGGUGAAGGAGGAGACAAAGGAGAGUUUUUGUGGGGAUGCUACUAUUGCAACGAAAGCGGAAAAGAAGCGUGAAGAUAGAGUUGAAUCUAAAUGA